AUGGGGACCCUCACCUGCGACCCGGCUCCACAGCUGACCCCGGCGCCUCUGGGCCGGCGGACCACUGACUGUCAGAUCCCGGAGACCAGCCUGAGGAGGACCUGCGGGGUGGCCACCUUGGAGCAUGGCUCUGGGCCAGGCUUGUAUGCCUUGCCUUCCACUGUUGGCUACAUCAACCACGACUGCACCAGGGUAGCCGGUCCUGCCUACUCACUUUUCCGGAGGCCCAGUGAGGCAUCUCCCCAGGAGGCCAGCCCUGGGCCAGUCUACGUCCUGGACUCGAAAGUCACCCGCUUUGGCCGCAGCUGCGCUCCCGCCUACUCCAUGCAGGGCCGGGUCAGGUCUCCUGGUCUGGAGGUGACGCCCGGCCCUGGGGCUUACAGCCCAGAGAAGGUGGCCCCCAUGCGCCAGCGGACGCCUCCAGCUUUCACCCUGGGCUCCCGCCUCCGCCCACGGCCCCUGAACACCUCAGCCCCUGCCCCCAACACCUACACCCUGCCCUCCCUCUGGGGCUCGCAGGUCUUCACCAAGCCCAGCAGCCCCAGCUACACUGUGGCUGGCCGCACGCCCCCCGCCCGCCCCCCGCAGGACCCCGCAGAGAUACCUGGCCCUGGCCAGUAUGACAGCCCGGACCCCAAUGCCUACCGUCAGCGCCGGCCGGCCUUCACCAUGCUGGGGCGGCCCCGAGCCCCACGGCCCCCAGAUGAGACACCCGGCCCUGGCAGCCACAGCCCCGAGCAGGUCACUGUGACCAAGGCCAGGGCCCCGGCAUUCACCAUGGGCAUCCGCCACUCCAAGCGGGCUACCACCAUGGCCACAGACACUGCACCCUGA